AGGCCUGUAAAUCAAAGUGGCCAAUACCACAUUGGAGGUGUUCCUGUUACACUCCCCCUCCCCCCACGCCACCCCACCUUUCUUUCUCCCUUCCAAUUCCUAUUUCCGAGAAAAUUAGAAAAGGGAAAAAAGAAAACCCUGCAUAUACAUAACUACAGAACUCUGACUCCAUUCUAACCCUAGGCCUAGAUUUUGAGUUUUCACUCGUUCGAUUUCUUGUAUCAAAUAAAUUUUUUUAUUCAAAUAUAUAGUUGGAUUUCUAUAUCCGCGACAGUGAUGGCGACAGCGAUUUCACAGCCGUCUGCCCAGGCAAUGCAGUCACCGACGGGCCAGCAGGCGGCGGCGACGCCGGGAGGGUUCGCGAAUGCGUCUCUGUACGUUGGGGAUCUGGACCCGACGAUUGGGGAAGGGCAGCUCUACGAUCUGUUCAACCAGGUGGCGCAAGUUGUGUCCGUUAGGGUUUGUAGGGAUCAGACCAAGCGAGCGUCUCUCGGCUACGCUUAUGUUAAUUACAACAAUGCACAAGAUGCUACUAAUGCCAUGGAGGUUCUUAACUUCGCCCUUAUCAAUGGGAAACCUAUCAGGGUUAUGUUUUCCCACCGAGAUCCUAGUAUUCGUAAAAGUGGAUUCGCCAAUGUAUUUAUCAAGAACUUGGACACAUCAAUAGAUAACAAAGCAUUGCAUGACACUUUUGCUGCCUUUGGGACUGUACUCUCUUGCAAGGUUGCUGUUGACAGCAAUGGCCAAUCGAAAGGGUAUGGAUUUGUGCAAUUUGAGCGUGAGGAGGCUGCACAAAAUGCAAUUGAACGGUUAAAUGGCAUGUUGUUAAAUGAUAAACAAGUUUAUGUUGGGUUUUUUGUUCGUCGUCAAGAAAGGAAUAGAGUAAACGGAUCACCAAAGUUUACUAAUGUAUAUGUGAAAAAUAUUUCUGAGGCAACUUCUGAUGAGGACCUUAAGACUGUAUUUGGCAAGUAUGGUCCCAUAACUAGUGCUGUUGUUAUGAAGGAUGCUAAUGGGAAGUCCAGAUGUUUUGGCUUCGUAAAUUUUCAGAGCCCAGAUGCUGCUGCUGCUGCAGUUGAGAAUUUGAAUGGGACCACUGUGAAUGAUGAUAAGGCUUGGUUUGUAGGGAAGGCGCAGAGAAAGGUAGAAAGGGAGGCAGAGUUGAAAGCCAAAUUUGAACAAGAAAGAAAUAGCAGAUUUGAAAAAUUGCAGGGUGCUAAUUUGUACAUGAAAAAUCUUGAUGAUAGCAUAAAUGAUGAAAAGCUAAAGGAAUUAUUUUCUGAGUUUGGAACUAUAAAAUCAUGCAAGGUCAUGCUUGAUGGGCAAGGACUGAGCAAGGGCUCUGGAUUUGUCGCCUUUUCUACCCCAGAGGAAGCUGCAAGAGCUUUGAAUGAUAUGAAUGGAAAGAUGAUUGGCCGGAAACCUCUUUAUGUUGCUGUGGCACAGCGCAAAGAAGAAAGGAAGGCUCGUUUGCAGGCACAGUUUGCUCAAAUCCGAGCACCUGGUGGAGUGGCUGCACCUUUGCCUUCAGGAAUGCCUGGAUUUCAUCCUGGUGCACCUAGGCUUGCUCCUCAGCAGCUCUAUUAUGGUCAAGGCACCCCAAGUCUCAUGCCCCCUCAGCCUGCAGGGUAUGGCUUCCAGCAGCAACUCUUGCCUGGAAUUCGCCCAGGUGUUGCCCCCAAUUUUAUUAUGCCAUACCAUCUUCAAAGGCAAGGACAACCUGGACAACGGAUGGGUGUUAGGAGAGGUGGAAAUGCCCAACAGACACAGCAGCAGCAGUUGAUGAACCGCAACUCCAAUCAAGGAUUCAGAUACAUGGCCAACUCACGAAAUGGUGUGGAUCCAUCUAUGGUUCCGCAAGGUCUCGUGGGUCCAAUGAUGCCAUUGCCGCUUGAUGUUUCUGGGAUGCCUGUGACUCCCAUGGAUGUCCAGCGACCGGGGCCAGUUCCUAUGUCAACUCUUGCAUCUGCCUUAGCUUCUGCCACGCCCGAGAAUCAGCGUGUGAUGCUGGGCGAGCAGUUGUUUCCCCUUGUGGAGCGUCUUGAGCGCGAUUAUGCUGGGAAGGUGACUGGGAUGUUGCUGGAAAUGGACCAGACGGAGGUACUCCAUCUCAUCGAGUCUCCAGAUGCUCUGAAGAAGAAAGUGGGCGAGGCUAUGGAUGUCCUUCGUUUAGCUGCUUCAUCAGGAUCUGAUGUUACUAAUCAGAUUGGUUCUUUAUCUCUGAAUGAAUGAAGCUAAUCCAAUUUUUGUGGGUGCAUACAUUCGAUCAAUAUGUGCACCUGUGAGCCCAUUUUUUGUAAAGCUUGAUGAGCCGUCAAUUUUGAGAUUUUUUCCAAGAAAAGGGGAAAAAGCUCUAAGAUCUAUUUUGUUAUUUUUAGGGUUUAUUAUGUGGCAAACUUGAUUGCUAGCUAAAAUUCUUUUGGGGUUGCGACUUGGUGUGGAGUGUGGAGAAAGUGAGGGGCACGGUUUUAUAGGGCAUGUUGACAUUUUGGUUUUUAUAGGGUAUGUUGAGUUAGGAUGUUUUUGGUAGGCCCAAUUUCUCUUUAUAUAUUAGUUCCCAUUGUUGGACUUUGA